AUAGACAGUACUUUUUCCAUGUGCUAACUCAUAUUGGGACACUGACCUGUCCUAACUCAUGCAUUAGAAAAAUAUACAAGGGCCAGAUUUUUGCAGGAAAAAAAAAGUAGUAGUAGCGUUGGUACUUUUUAAACUAACCAGCUGACCUGACAGCACAGUUCCUGCCAUCUCAUUUUGAUUGCCCAUUUGGAGGCGACAUGCAACAGUGUAAAGGUUUGUGACUGUGAAAGGAUGCACCUGGCAAGAAAGAGAUUCAUCAUUGAUCCCAUCCUGCACAUGAUCAUGAUCCUACUGUUGUGCACACUGAUUCAGAACUGUAGUAGCUUUGUCCUCUAGCCACUCCUCUGAAUUCUUUUAUACACUGACCAUGGCACCAAUGAUCGAAACCAAACACCAGCUGCAAAGAUCACCCUGGAUUCCUGGAACAAAGAAAGCCUAGAGCAGCCUUUGGCACUCUGAAGAGGAUUGGUAGAAAAGUAGCCCCAUGGCCAUGGCAUAGCUCCCUGCAAUCAGGUAGAAUUAUUCAAGGGGAUAAAGAUUUGUUAGUAAAAGAGUGCUAGCAGUUUUUACCUGUUCAGGUGGGAGCAGUAGUGGAGAUCUUUAAUUCUGGCAUGGGUUCCUUUGGGAUGAACUGGAAUCAGAAGAACUCCAUGGUGAGUGAUUGGGAAAAUUUAGCACCGUCUGUCCCAAAUGCAACUGGAAAUCCCAGGAACAGAGCUAUGCGGCAUGGAUCUGUGAAUUCAUCUGGUGGUACUCUCACUUCUAGCUCAGAGCUAGGGCAUGGUUCAUUCAAGAGCUCCAUGUCGGCAUCCAUUGAUUCGGCGUCCAAAGUAGGGAACAGCUUAGAGUUCAAUUUUGCUGCUGUCAAAAGUCAUGGUAAGAACAUGGACAAGGAUUGUAGAGCUGACGACUCAGGGAUUCCUCCAUCAUCAAUGAUGGCGUUCAGCCAUGGAGAGCCAUUAAUCAGCCUGAAGCUUGGAAAAAGGACUUACUUUGAAAAUGUCUGCGGAGGACAGGAUGUCAAGGGUUCUGCACCUUCAGCCAUGACUUCUCCGUCAACCGUUGUCAAGAAGACCAAGGUGUCUCAGCAGAACUCACAAAGCUCAUACUGUCAGGUUGAAGGUUGCAGAGUUGAUCUGUCUUCUGCUAAAGAUUACCAUCGCAAGCACAAAGUCUGUGAAGCUCAUUCUAAAGCUCCCAAGGUGGUUGUUGCUGGUCUAGACCGCCGUUUUUGCCAACAGUGUAGUGGGUUUCAUGGUUUAGCUGAGUUUGACCAGAACAAACGAAGCUGCCGUAGGCGUCUUACUCAUCAUAACGCGCGAAGGAGGAAACCACAGGCAGAUACAAUUUCCUUUGGUUCAUCACGACUCUCGACAAUGCUUUAUGAUACAAGCCAGCGGGCAAAUCUUUUCUUUAGCCAACCUCCUUUUGGCCAAUUGAGAAGCAAUGCAGUUUCUUCAUGGGAUGACUUGGGAGGCUUCAAAUUUAUGGAAACAAAAUUUCUGUCGAUGCAGCCAACGAAAAUGGUAGGUCUUGAUGAGCUGCAUUUCUCAACCUCCCAGAUAUCAAAUACUGUUGUGGAUCACACUGUACAUUAUCAUAAUUUCGAUGGGCUCAUGCCAUUCAAGGGAAUGGACACAAAGGUCCUCAACCAAGGUGUGGAAGCUUCGGAGUCGAAUGGAGCCCCGGAUAUUGGGCGUGCUCUCUCUCUUCUGUCAAACGGUUCGUGGGGUUCAAGUUCAACCGUCAUCCAGCAGCCUAGUUCUCAUGUGCAGGCUGGUGCGGUACUGCCCCUCGCCACCGUUGCCAUCACCAACCCGGUCAUGCAUGCCGGAGGCUUCUGGCAAGACGACCCUCCCCCUCAGAUUCAGGCAUUCGGACACCUUUGACUGGUGAAACAAAUGUACUGAUGCUGCAUCCCCUGGGAACAGGUGAUUUAGUCAGUUCAUCACAAUCUGCUACUCUGCUUUUGAUAGUGACAGUCUCUGCACAAUGUCAGUCCUAUAAUUGGAGGUCAUCUGGUGACGGAUCAAUGUUGGUUUUGUUCUUCCAUCCCAUUAGAGAACUGAUAAAGUAAA